AUGUCGUCAGCCAUCAUCUCCGCCGACGAUGCUCUCGAGCCCACGCUCCAGUCUCUCCUGGACCAGCGCUCCCUGCGCUGGAUCUUCGUCGGCGGCAAAGGUGGUGUCGGCAAGACCACCACCUCCUGCUCCCUGGCCAUCCAGCUCGCCAAGGUCCGCCGCUCUGUGCUCCUCAUUUCCACCGACCCAGCGCACAACCUCUCCGAUGCGUUCUCCCAAAAGUUCGGCAAGGAGGCCCGUCUGGUGAAUGGCUUCGACAACCUCAGCGCCAUGGAAAUCGAUCCCAACGGCAGCAUGCAGGACCUGCUGGCCGGCCAGGGAGAAGAGGACAUGAACGCCAUGGGAGGUGGCAUCGGCGGCAUGAUGCAGGACCUGGCAUUUGCUAUCCCCGGUAUCGACGAGGCCAUGUCCUUUGCCGAAGUCCUCAAGCAAGUCAAGUCGCUCUCCUACGAAACCAUCAUCUUCGACACCGCUCCCACCGGCCACACCCUCCGAUUCCUGCAAUUCCCCUCCGUCCUCGAAAAGGCCCUCGCAAAGGUCUCCCAGCUCUCUUCACAGUACGGACCCCUACUGAAUGGUGUUCUCGGCUCGGGAGGCGCCCUCCCCAACGGUCAGAACCUCAACGACAUGAUGGAGAAGCUCGAGUCGCUCCGCGAAACAAUCUCCGAGGUGAACACACAGUUUAAGGACCCGGACCUCACGACAUUUGUGUGCGUUUGCAUCGCCGAGUUCCUGAGUCUUUACGAGACGGAACGCAUGAUUCAGGAGCUGUCGAGCUAUGGCAUUGACACGCACUGCAUUGUGGUGAAUCAGCUGCUGUUUCCGAAGAAGGCGAGCGAGUGUGAGCAGUGUAAUGCGAGGAGGAAGAUGCAGAAGAAGUAUCUGGAUCAGUAUGAGGAGUUGUAUGCUGAGGACUUCAACGUUGUCAAGAUGCCUUUGUUGGUGGAGGAGGUGAGGGGGAAGGAGAAGCUGGAGAAGUUUAGCGAGUUGCUGAUUACGCCUUAUGUGCCUCCUGAGUAA